AAGAUGUACAAGUCUGUUGCUGCCCUCGCUGCCUUUGCGGCUACCGCCCUCGCCCACGGCACCACCCAGGGCGUCACCAUUGACGGCGUCUGGUCUGGCGGCUUCAAGCUCGACUACUACUACGCCAAGCAGAACGGCCAGACAUCCCCCGACCACAUCGGUUGGUACGCCGAGGACCUCGACAAUGGCUUUGUCGCGCCCGACUCCUACGGCGCCGCCGACAUCAUCUGCCACAAGAACGCCAGCCCCGAGGGCUCUUCCGACUCCAUGGCCAAGGUCGCCGCCGGUGGAACCGUUGAGUUCAGCUGGACGGCCUGGCCCGCGUCCCACGUGGGUCCCGUCAUUACCUACGUUGCUCCCUACACGGGCGACAUCGCAUCUGUCGACAAGACGUCCCUCAAGUGGGCCAAGAUUGACGGUCAAGGUUACGAGAACGGCGCGUGGGCUGCUGUCACUAUGAUCGCCAACAACAACACCGUGGCCGUGACCGUCCCCGAGACCCUCAAGGCUGGCAAGUACGUCUUCCGCCACGAGAUCAUUGCUCUCCACAGUGCCGGCUCCGCCAACGGCGCCCAGAACUACCCCCAGUGCCUUAACAUCGAGGUCACCGGCUCCGGAACUGCUGUCCCCGAUGGUGUCGUUGGUACUGAGCUCUACACCGCCACCGACCCUGGUAUCUUGUUCAACGUCUACGCUUCCACCAUUGACUACACCGUCCCCGGCCCUGCCCUCUGGAGCGGUGCUUCCUCCUCCAACAGC